AUGCCGUCCCCGUAACAGUUGGCUUUGGGGUUUCACAGGAGAAGGUAUCAUCCUUCUCUGGCUGUUUCAACCUGCAGCUGCUUCGCUACUACUCUUCCUCCCUGUGACCGCCCUUUCGCUUCUGCCUCCACUUCUUCCGUCGUUAUGUCUCCUGAAGCUUCGAUGCUUACCCGCCGAGCUGCUCUCAUUUUCAUCGUCGUCACUCUUUCCACUUUGCUUCUUUACACUAAUACGGAUUCCCUCCGCUUCCUGCGUUUAUCGUCAAGUUCCCUUUCUUCUUCCUCCUUCUCUAUUUUUUUCCUGCAGAAUCCCAAUCAACAGCUUGAAGAAGUUUUGAAGAACGCUUCCAUGGCGAAUAAGACUGUUAUUUUGACGACUUUAAAUGACGCCUGGGCGAGUCCCAAUUCGGUUGUUGAUCUUUUCCUUCAGAGCUUUACGCUUGGAGAUGGCACACAAAGGCUGUUGGACCAUUUGGUGAUUAUUGCCUUGGAUGAAAAGGCAUAUAAUCGCUGUCGAAUUGUACAUAAGCAUUGCUUUGCUCUUGUCACCGAGAUGUCAGACUUUUCAAGGAAGGCAUACUUUAUGACCCCACGCUACUUGAAAAUGAUGUGGAGAAGGAUUGAUUUCCUGCGAUCUGUCCUUGAGUUGGGUUAUAGUUUUGUUUUCACGGAUGCUGAUAUCAUGUGGUUCAGGGAUCCAUUUCCACGGUUCUUUCCUGAUGCUGACUUCCAGAUUGCAUGUGACAAUUUUUUUGGCAGACCUGAUAAUAUGAAUAACAGACCCAAUGGGGGAUUUAACUAUGUAAAGUCUAAUAAUCGGUCAAUAGCAUUCUACAAGUUCUGGUAUUCUGCACGUGAAACUUAUCCAGAAUAUCAUGAUCAGGAUGUUCUGAAUAAGAUCAAGUCUCAUCCUUUCAUAUCAGAUAUUGGACUGAAGAUUAGAUUUUUGGAUACAGCUUAUUUUGGUGGUCUUUGUGAGCCUAGCAGAGAUUUGAAUGUAGUAUGCACAAUGCAUGUAAAUUGCUGUUAUGGUAUGAAUAAUAAGCUUCAUGAUCUCAAAAUUAUGCUUCAAGAUUGGAGAGCUUUCAUGUCAUUGCCACCAGAUCUGAAGAAUGAAUCCAUUAUCUCCUGGAGGGUCCCUAAGAAUUGCAGACUCUAACGCCAUUAGGGUUCCCCAACUCCAGAGAUGGAUGUUCAACCAGAGGAAGAUGAUUGAUUGGAAUUGUACAUAUGCUUAAAAUAUUUACUG